CCACAUGCCUUUUUCCCUUUGCGCCAGAGCCCCCACCCCGUUUUUUGCCGAGAAAGACUUGUCGAUUCUUGGUCGACUCUUGUUCCUAUACCAAGGCGAAAUACGAUGAGCUUCGGUAUUUCUUCUCUGGCUUGUCGCCUUGGCGCCGAGUUUUCGCGGUCAGUGCGGGUAUACCGGAACGCCAUUGACGUAGUUGGCCCGGCAAAAAAUGGGGGACUUCACGCAGGGUUUUCCGGGGGGGUGGAAGAGAGGGGGGCAAUGAUGGGGAUGGGAGGGGUGGAAGGAUUCGCCACGAGAUCUCUGACAGGCACGUUCAGCUGCGCGACCAUGGGAAGGAAAGACGAUGGCAGAUCCGGGCGCAUAAUUUCCUUACGGGACUACAGAGUGUCGACUGUCAAGUGUCAGAGUUUGCAUUAUUGGGAGAGAGAAAAAUGGGAAGAGUGAUAUCUUAGAUCCAAUUAGCACCGGUGGAGACUAUGAGGUGCGACUAUGUAGCAGGCUUGCAGCUCACCUUGCAGGAUGUCUGUCUGUUAGGAGAGAUAAUAGUAAUAUUACUUUUCCACAUCUGUCGCUAUGAAAUUCCGCUGCCUGCUCUUGGCUUGUCUCAUGGGGAAAUAAAAAUAC